CGAGGCAACAGUGAUGACAGGAAGCGGAGACGCGCCGGUCGCGUGACAAAGAACGAACGGAACGCGGGUACGUGAGCCACUGUUGAAAUGGUGAGUGGAGUCCUCUUUUGAAAGCGGACUAUGCCUCUCGUCCGUCGCGUCCUCCAGACACAGACAGAGACGGAAAGGAAGGAGAAAGCAAAACCAUGGAAAGGGAAGUGCACGUUUGCCUCCCCGAGGCAAGGUCGCCGCAGGAGCGCGUGGCUGCUCUCUCUCCACUGCAGGUCCGGCCAGUUUACGCCACGUUGUGACAGCACGCAACUCGCUUCGCCAUAAGCAACACCGGACUGCCGCAGUCGCCAGCUAACUGCAGAACCAUAACCACGUUGCGUUGCGUUCUUCCUCGAUUUCCUCGUUGUAUUUUAUUUUCUACGCGCGAUCUCUAGCAUGAGUUUCGCUCCUGCACGCUCAACGGCAGUACUGACCGAUUGACUUAACAUUGUAGUUCAGACCUGAAAAUUUCGAAACAGAACGUCGAAAUUUAACCUAACAGAAAAGAAUAACGAGCCCGCCGCCUUCUUUUUUUUUUUUUUUUUAUGCUUGAUUGUGCACUCGGAGGUAGCGCUGUCAGAACGUUGCGUGUGACGUGUUAGUAAGAUUUCAAGGCAACUUCUCGAAAGUUUACUAUCUCGCGGAGUCGUGCACUGCAGUACCGGAAGCAACGCAACGACAUCUCUCCCACUUCCCGUGUGCACACUCGCCCGUACCUUAGGCAACGCGUAUCGGCGUCGGCUGGCUGUGCGUUUACCAGAGGUGUGGCGCGGCGCCUCAUAUCGGCUCCGUGUUUCCCGGCGCGCGCAAUCUGCAAGUUCCCCGCAAUGUAUGGCGGCGUCGUCACGUGUUCCGGACGUCAGGAUUAUAAACUCGCGCUCGCGCGCGCCUUGGCUACCGGUUCGCUCGACGUAGGUUCGCGGGACACGGUGCGCAUUCUGAGGUCCUGUGCUUUGAGCGCCAGCUAGGACACGAACCGUUGUCGCUUGCGCUUUCGGACGCAUUGCCUGCUGCGGCAAUGCUGUCUCCGCAACAACGAUAUUCAAGGGGACGCUGGUCGCCGGCGUCAAUCGCGCUGAAGAUUGGUUUGCCUGUUCUGAUCCUCCUUCUGAUUCUCCUCGUCGUGCUGCUCGCCGGAGUGUCCUGGGGCGACAGGGAUCCUGAUCCACCAGAUGUGGCAAAUCUCACGUUGGUGUCAGCUGGAAACGGAACAUUUACCUUGGCUUGGGAGCAGCCCGAAGGUAUCGUCGACCAAUACUGGGUGCAGGUCAGUGCCAGGGCCGCCAGCGGUGAUGACGAUGGUGACGGAGAGCGCAGGGCGGGACUCUGCGCCAACGGAACAAUCCUGAGGUCCGACCAGACGCGCCUCACGUGUGGUGACGUCGAGCCCUGCACGAACGUUACCGUAACAGUGCGCGUGCUCAACUUCCCUCGGCGACACAGUGCUACGAAGUUUUCCGACGGAGUACGCCUCCCCAUCUUCUUCCCGGGAUACGCUCCCGACACACCGAAAAACGUCUCCAUCGUCGCCGCGUCGCCCACAGAGACUCGGAUAUUGUGGGAGCCGGUCCUUUCUCACACGGAUGAAGCCGUCCUGUACGACGUCCGGCUGUGCGACACGUCGGGACCCUGCGACGCAGCCAACCCAGAAGAAUGUGCGCAGUUCACGACGCCGAACACUUCGCUCGAUUUGAGCUCGGCCGUGGCGAAUCGGCGCUGCUUGUUGAUCGGAGCGACUACACAGUGCGCUGGACAAGUCCUGAGAAGUAGUCCUUUUGUGCUAGAAACUUUGGUUCAGAUACCAACCGUUUAGAACGCGUGUUUCCAUCAGCCGGGUUUAAUUUGUUAGUUGCGUUACUCGUCACAGCGUCUCACACUCACUACAUUCUAUCGAUGGCUUUUGUUCCUCAUCGCGGGUAUCAUCUUAGCAACAGCCAAGUUAGUUCCAAGUCAUGGAACAAAUUUGAUGUCACCUUUUCUCAAUUACGGCUGCAGUUGUUUUACAGAGUUUGAGGAUUACUAGCGCGUUACACUCACAAGUGGCCAUCAAUGUUGCGCAAAGCCUCGGCAGAAACUAUAAAGUCACCUUCAGCAUGGUGCGAAUGUGCACGUUACCCUAUAAUUGGAUAUUUUACACACACUGCGGUCAAAGGAGACACGAUAUAAUUCAAUCAUACUGUUGUUUUAUUGUCUCUUGUCGAAUCCUCCACAUUCAACAUAUCUACGCCAUUUCUGUUUAGCCAGUAUUAGACUUCCUGCACGAAAAAAAAUAUGUUUGCAUACUUGUAAAUACUGUUUUGUAAUAUUCCUUAUGCAGCAGGCUUCAGAAGUGUAAAAAGAAAUUUUAGUAGUAGCUUGCAUUCGACGUCUGGGGUUUUCCUGCCGUAAGCUAUUUGUUUCUGGCUGGUUACAAUGCCCGAACGAUCACCUCCUCCUUCCUUUUUUUUUUUUUCACUGAUGUGUGAUGCUUACUCAAGCACAAAGACAACGACGGCUGCGCCGAGAGUACAUUCAUAUAGAACGCAUUGAUGGCAGCCCUUUAAAAAUGAUGUUUUUGUGUCCAUCAAAGUGUCCGUUCAUUACAUCCUUGCAAGAUGAAGUAGCUGUACAUUAUCAACGAAGGAAACAAACCAACCAGAACAAAGCGUCGUUUAAA